AUGUCAUCCUCAUUAGUUUUCCAAGGAGAAUUCCAACACAUCAUUCGUAUUUACAAUACCAAUGUUGACGGUAGAAGAAAGAUUCAAUACGCUCUUACCUGUGUUAAAGGUGUUGGUCGUAGAUUUGCCAAUUUAGUCUGCAAAAAGGCUGAUAUUGAUACCUCAAAAAGAGCUGGUGAACUUUCAAAAGAUGAAGUCGAAAGAUUAACCACCAUCAUGAAUCACCCAAGACAAUACAAUAUCCCAACUUGGUUCCUUAACAGACAAAAGGAUAUUAAAGACGGUAAAUACUCUCAUUGUCUUGCCAAUCAAAUCGAUGUCAAAUUCAGAGAAGAUUUAGAAAGAUUAAAGAAAAUCAGAGCACACAGAGGUGUCAGACAUCACUUUGGUCUCCGUGUUAGAGGUCAAAAGACCAAAACCACCGGUAGAAGAGGUCGUACUGUUGGUGUUGCUGGUCGUAGAUAA